AUUUCCUCUUAGCUUUCAUUCGUCCGCGGAAUGUAAUAGUGAGUGGUGAAAAGCAGUGACAAUAUGGUCGAAGAAAAAAGAAUGUCUUUAAAAAUGCUUCGGCGGGAGCCGGGCCGGCUCAGCGUAUCGGCUAAAAAAUUUGGCUUCGGUAUUCGGCACGUGCAGAUGAUAUGCAUGAGUUUCUGCAUGAUCGCGCUGUUCAUAGCACGCAGCAGUCUUGGUGUGGCCAUCCUCGCUAUGACUGACGUCACGCGGCGGAACGAUUCCAAUGUUGAGAUAUACGAGUGGGACAAAAAGACGCAAGGCUUGAUCUUAUCCUCAUUCUUCUGGGGCUACAUGACCAUGCAGAUCCCGGCUGGUCUCCUCGCCAAGCGGUAUGGUGGGAAGGUGAUCUUGUUGGUGGCAUUACUGGCUAAUGGAACCAUCUCCAUGAUCCUACCAAUCGUUGCUAGUGUGGGAGGUUGGAGUAUGGUGUGUCUCUGCAGAGUGUUAAUGGGUCUCACGCAAGCCUGCCUCUUCCCCGCAAGCCAUACCCUCCUUGGCAGGUGGCUUCCAGCUAAUGAACGGACUACUUUGACAGGAAUCGUCUACGGAGGGUCUCAAGUGGGCACAAUCAUUGCAAUGCCAGUAUCAGGGAUAUUAGCAGAAACAGCGAUGGGGUGGAAGCUAAUCUUCUAUAGCAUUGCUGGGUUGAUGUUCUUGACUGCUGCGAUAUGGUUCUGGUUCUCAGCCAGCUCUCCUGAAGAGCAUCCCAUGAUCAGCGAGGAGGAGAAGUAUUACAUUGAGAUGGGAUUGAACAUGACUACAGGUCAGACGAAGGUCAAUCGUCCCACACCGUGGAGGGAGAUGUUUAAGACUGGGCCUUUAUGGGCGAUCGUGGUAUCUCAUGUUGGAGCUGCUACUGCUUUCGUGUUAUUCUUUGUGGACACGCCCACAUAUUUGGAAAGGGCAAUGCAUAUAUCCUUAAGAAAUAGUGCCCUGCUCUCCGCAUUGCCUUAUUUCGGCAUGUGGGUAGGCAGCGUUGUAUCGUCAACCGUCUGCGAAAAGAUUUACAACAGAGGCCUCCUGUCUGUCACCUCCUGUAGAAAAAUAUUUAACUCUUUAGCUAUGUUCGGGGCGGGCGCCGGGCUGAUACUCCUGGCGUACCUCGGCCCGGACCACAAGAACAUCGCGAUAGCUACACUCAUAGGUGUAUUGACUAUGUGCGGGUUCACGUCUGCUGGCUUCAUGGUGAACCACUUGGACUUGUCGCCCCAUUUCGCUGGCGUGAUGCUCUCUCUCACCAACUUUGCCGGCAGCAUUGGAGCCGUCCUCACUCCAGUGGCGACUAGUCUCAUUCUACGCAAUGAUUCGUCUGACAUGUCACGCUGGCGCAUCGUGUUCCUGAUGACGGCUGGCUUGUGCGUGGGCUCUAACAUAGUCUACGUGAUCUUCGGCAGCGCGGAGAGACAACCCUGGGACAAUCCUGAUUACAAAGACAGGAGGAAAGCUGACCCAGAGGAAGUACGACCAGUAAUGACCAUGAAUACUAAAGAAGAUGAAAAGAAAAAAGAAGCUCAAGCAUGAUUCACGGAUAUGAAUGAAGUUAAUGUAAAUAUUAUAAUAAAUAAUGUACAUAGUAA